AUUGGCCGGACCUCACCUCGGGCCCUGCCCCCGGUACGGCUCCGGGCUCCCAUUGUCUUGGCAGAUGCCGCCUACUCCAGCUAUCGUGCUCUGUAUUCAGUUUUCGGGGGUCGAACUCUUUCUAGGUCCCGCGGCGGAAAACCGGAUUUCCGAGUUUGAGCGGCUCUUAUUUCCUGCUUAGGACCCACUUUGCCGCCCCAGGGUGGCUGCAGCUAUGUCCUCGCUGCGACCCUUCCUGCUUCUGCUGCUGCCUCUGUGUCCGGGUCCUGGUCCCGGACUGGGGAGCGAGGCAAAGGUCAUCCGGAGUUGUGCAGAAACCCGGGAGGCGCUGGGGUCCCGAGGAUAUAGCUUAAACCUAAUCCCUCCCGCCAUGAUCUCAGGUGAGCACCUCCGGGUCUGUUCCCAGGAGUACACCUGCUGUUCCAGUGAAAUAGAGCAGAGGCUGAUGAAGGAGUCUGAAGCCACCUUUCGAAGCUUGAUGGAGGACAACAGCUCCUUCCUGGUUCAUACCCUGGCUGUCCAGCACAGAAAAUUUAAUGAGUUUUUUCGGGACAUGCUCUCGGUAGCCCAGCACUCCCUGACCCAGCUCUUCUCCCACUCCUACGGCCGCCUGUAUGCCCAGCACGCCCUCAUAUUCAAUGGCCUGUUCUCUCGGCUGCGGGACUUCUAUGAGAAGUCUGGUGAGGGGUUGGAUGACACCUUGGUGGACUUCUGGGCACAGCUCCUGGAAAGAGCGUUCCCCCUGCUGCACCCACACUACAGCUUUCCCCCUGACUACCUGUUCUGCCUCUCGCGCCUCGCCUCCUCUACUGAUGGCUCUCUGCAGCCCUUCGGGGACUCACCCCGCCGACUCCGCCUGCAGAUAACCCGGGCCCUUGUGGCUGCCCGGGCCUUUACCGACAGCCUAGAGACUGGAAGAGAGGUGAUCAGUGAGGCACUUAAGGUGCAGGUGUCUGAAGGCUGUCGCCAGGCUCUGAUGCGUCUGAUUGGCUGCCCCUUUUGUCAGGGGGUCCCCUUACUUAAGCCCUGCCAGGGCUUCUGCCUCAAUGUGGUUCGUGGCUGUCUCAGCAACAGAGAACUGGAGCCUGACUGGAGCAGCUAUCUGGAUAGUCUCUUGCUCCUGGCUAAGAAGCUCCAGGGCCCCUUUUCCUUUGAGCUGGCUGCUGAGUCUAUUGGGGUGAAGAUCUCAGAGGGUUUGAUGUAUCUACAGGAAAACAGUGUGAAGGUGUCCACCCAGGUAUUUCAAGAAUGCGGUCCCCUACACAAGGUGCCAGCCAGAAACCGCAGGACCCCUAAGCUGUCUAGGGAAGACGCGGGCCGGCGGAGGGUGUUGGUGGCCCAGGAGGAGCGGCCCACUACGGCAGCAGGCACCAACAUGCACCGGCUGGUGUGGGAGCUCCGCGAGAGGCUGGGCAGGAUGCGGGGCAUCUGGGCCCGGCUGUCCCUGACAGUGUGCGGAGACUCCCGCAUGGCAGUAGACGUCUCGCAGGAGGACGCACCCUGCUGGACGGGAUCCGGACGGGGCCGAUACUUGCCACCAGUGGUCGGGGGAUCCGCAGCGGAGCAACACAACCCUGAGCUGCAGGUGGAUGUCUCGCGCCCCGAUGUGUCAACACGGCGGUGGCGGCUUAUGCUUCGGGCGGCCACAGCCAGGAUGAAGGCGGCCACUGUUGGACAUAAUUUGGACGGGCCGGACCGGGAUGAGGACGCCAGCGGGUCUGGAGGAGGACAGCAGUAUGCAGAUGACUGGAUGGCUGGGGCAGCAGCUGUGGCCCCUCCAGUCCGGCCUCCUCGGCCUCUUCGGCCUGCGAGCCCUCCUCGGAGAGACAGUUUUGGAAAAAGAGGAGGAGGUGGCAGAGGAGGAGGUGGCAGUGCCCGACACAACCAGGGCAGAAGCAGGAGUGGGGGGCUAUCUGUUUUUGUUCAUACCCAACCCAUCCUCAUUCUUUCCCUCUCAGCCCUGACCCUGCUUGGACCUCGAUAA